CGAGCCGAGCCGAGCCGAGCCGCGCUCCGCUCCCGCCGCCCUCGCUGCGAUGUGAGGCGCGGGGACGGCGUCGGCUGCCGAAGGCUGUAGUUGUUACAUGCGCCCAGUAACCUGCAAAAUGGAUUUUAGUCAUAGCAGUCUUUUCGGAUACAUAGAAGACCUGCAGGAACUAACUAUUAUAGAGCGGCCAGUACGCAGGAGCCUGAAGACACCAGAAGAAAUAGAAAGAUUGACAGUUGAUGAAGAACUCAGUGAUAUUGAAAGGGCUGUUUAUCUACUCAGUUCUGGUCAGGAUAUCCAAGGAACAAGUGUGGUGGCAAAUCUUCCAGUCCUUAUGCGACAGAAUCCUGCAGAAACACUUCGUCGGGUUUUACCAAAAAUCAGAGAGGUUCUGCAUGUGGCAGGAGUGGAAAUGCAGUUAACAGCUGCUGUUUCUUUUUUGACUGUUCUGCAAGAGGAGUCGGUGUCCAUUCAUACGUACUCCCACUCCUUCCUACACAUCAUUCUCCAGAACCUGGAACACAGAGAUGCAGGUGUCAGCAAUGCAUGGUUAGAAACUCUUCUUGCUGUAAUAGAAGCUUUACCAAAAGAAACUGUCAGACAUGAGAUCCUGAAUCCACUUGUUUCUAAAGCACAGCUUUCUCAAACACUUCAGUCCCGCUUAGUUAGUUGUAAAAUAAUGGGAAAAGUAGCUAACAAAUUUGAAGCUCAUAUUAUCAAAAGAGAGGUUCUUCCAUUGGUAAAAUCACUGUGCCAGGAUGUGGAAUAUGAAGUUAGAACUUGCAUGUGUCGGCAACUGGAACAUGUAGCUCGAGGAAUAGGGACAGAACUAACAAAAACUGUGGUGCUUCCUGAGUUAGUGGAGCUGGCAAGAGAUGAGGGCAGCAGUGUACGCCUGGCAGCUUUUGAGACCUUAGUGAAUCUGCUGGAUAUGUUUGAUGCAGAUGAUCGGAGUCAAACUGUUCUCCCAUUAGUGAAAUCAUUCUGUGAAAAAUCAUUCAAAGCGGAUGAAUCUAUCCUAGUUUCUUUAUCUUUCCAUUUAGGAAAACUGUGUAAUGGAUUAUAUGGCAUUUUUACUCCUGAACAGCACUUGCGGUUUUUGGAAUUUUAUAAGAAGCUUUCCACACUGGGUUUACAGCAGGAAAAUGGGCAUAAUGAUAAUCAACUACAUCUGCAAACUCUGGAACAGGAAAAGAAGUAUAUUUCAGUGAGGAAGAACUGUGCUUACAAUUUUCCAGCCAUGAUUGUUUUUGUGGAUCCAAAGAACUUCCAUUUAGAACUUUAUUCUAUAUUCUUCUGCCUUUGCCAUGACCCUGAAGUUCCUGUCAGGUAUACCAUGGCCAUAAGCUUCUUAGAAGUUGCUAAGCUUUUAAAUUCUGAUGUGUAUACAAUACAUAAAGAACUGGUUACGCUCUUACAGGAUGAGUCACUGGAGGUGUUAGAUGCCCUAGUAGGUCACCUUCCUGAAAUCCUUGAACUAAUGACUAAUGGAGGAGAAAACAGUGGAUCAGAAAGCAAGUUACUCUCUAUUCCUGACUUGAUUCCUGCAUUAACAACAGCAGAACAGAGAGCAGCGACUUCUUUAAAAUGGAGAACACAUGAGAAGUUACUACAAAAAUAUGCAUGUCUCCCUCAUAUCAUAUCAAGUGAUCAGAUCUAUUACCGUUUUCUUCACAGGAUGUUGACAAUCAUUUUAACAAAUAAUGUCCUGCCAGUCCAAAAAGCAGCUGCUCGGACUCUGUGCGUUUAUUUGCGCUACAAUCGCAAACAAGAGCAGAGGCAUGAGGUCAUUCAGAAACUGAUUGAACAACUGGGCCAAGGAAAAAGUUACUGGAACAGACUUCGUUUUUUAGAUACUUGUGAAUUCAUUAUGGAACUGUUUUCAAAAUCAUUCUUCUGUAAAUACUUCUUUUUGCCUGUGCUUGAACUUACACAUGACCCAGUGGCAAAUGUCAGAAUGAAGCUAUGCUGUUUGUUGCCAAAAGUCAAAUCUACUCUGAAGAUUCCCACUGAUAAACAUUUACUUCAGCAGUUGGAAUUAUGUAUAAGGAAGCUUCUGUGUCAAGAGAAAGACAAAGAUGUCCUGAGUAUUGUGAAAAGAACGGUGUUAGAAUUGGACAGAAUGGAGAUCUCUGUAGAUGCUGAACAAUUAGAAAAAGAGAAGCAGAAAAAUGAAGGAAGAUCUACAAAUAUUAAUGAUAAAAUGUUUGAAAAGAAGCGUAGAGACAGUAAAGCAUCAUCAGUGUUGGCAAAAAGUAUCAAUCUCUCUUUUUCUGGAAGCUCUUCUGGUACAUCAGCAGGCAAAGAAGAAAAAAAAUCCAAGCUGGUUCGAAGCCAAUCUUUCAGUACUCAAGUACUGCAUCCAAAAUACAGCAACAUAGACAAGUGUCCUAAUAAAAGUUCUGCUACAGGAUAUACAUCUUCAGUAUCAGGAAUGGGAAAGACUUGUAUGUUAUCCUUUUGUGAUGAUUCAUUCCGGACUCACUCUGCUGGCAAUAGUGGGAAUGCUGCCUUCCCUUCCAGCUCUUCUCGCAACCUCUUUAACUCAGCUGACCAAAAGAACAAUGGGAAUAAGGAGAGUCAGUCCCGAAGGAUGAGCAUAAAAAACAGAAAAUCAAACUCCUAGAUGAUCUGACAGAAAAAAUGAGGGAACCAGAGACUGGAGGAAGCAACGUUCUGGUGGGAUAAGGUGGGAGCAGCAGAUGGGACUCUCUAAUGCCUGGACUGAAUAAAAUGCAUC